AUGGCAGUGAAAAUCGACGACAUCGAUCAAAGACGAGAAGCUGCUAAGAAAAAAUUCGCAUUUCUCAUGUGGAAAACUGAAAGACAGUGUCGGCAACAAAUAAGACGUCAGAUAAUCAGAAACGAAGUAGUUCUCCAAUCAGCAGUCGAAAACAUUACACUUCUGAAAGCCUUAUGCAAUAAAACCAAGCAUAUCACAAAUGAGCUGUACAAGCAGAACUGUCGGCUACGUGACGUCAUUCUCAUGCUUCUUCUGACUAUGUGGAUUGCGUUUGACAAGACUUUUCCAGCUAAAUAA